CGAUCCCAAUUUCGCCGACAAGAUCCGGCAUAUUCGCGAUCCGAAGGCGCGCAUGGCCGUUGUAUGGGCGCACUGCAAGACCAAGAUGGUCUGUGAGACUGACGAGCCCAAGGAAGAUGGUGCUGAAGGAGAUGCGGAUGAACCCAAGAAAGGUCACGGUGGAUGCGGUCAUGGACAACCGCAGAUCAGGAAAGAAGGCUUGAAGCUGUUUGUCCAGUACAAAAGACCCAAAGAUGAGGACGAGGAUGUGAAGUCGAUGCAGCCCGACAAGCGGCUAAUUACACCGUCUGAGGUUUACACGACAUUCAAGAAGAUGUCCGAUUCCGACCUUCAUCUCAUCGGUCUUUCGGAUGAGUACGCUCGUCCUGAAUGGAUGAUUCUCACCGUGAUGCCUGUUCCGCCUCCUCCCGUCCGCCCAAGUAUAGCUGUCGAUGGUGGUGCCAUGCGGAGCGAAGAUGACUUGACGUACAAGCUCGGUGAGAUUAUUAAGGCGUCCGCACAUGUACGGCGUUGUGAGCAGGAGGGUGCGCCUGCACAUGUCAUUAGCGAGCAUGAGCAUCUGCUCCAGUUCCACGUUGCCACCUAUAUGGAUAACGACAUCGCUGGUAUUCCUCAAGCGUUGCAGAAGUCUGGCCGUCCGGUGAAGGCUAUCCGUGCACGACUAAAGGGGAAAGAGGGGCGUCUGCGUGGUAACCUGAUGGGCAAGCGUGUGGACUUUUCCGCGCGUACUGUCAUCACCGGCGAUCCUAAUCUAGAGCUGGAUGAAGUGGGAGUUCCUCGAAGCAUUGCCAUGAAUUUGACCUAUCCCGAGCGAGUGACGCCCUAUAACAUCGCAUACCUUCAAGAGCUGGUGCGCAACGGCCCGACUACAUACCCUGGUGCACGAUACGUCGUGCGAGAUACUGGCGAACGUAUUGACCUGCGCUAUAAUAAACGUGCAGACGCAUUCUUGCAAUACGGCUGGAUUGUAGAGCGGCAUCUAAAGGAUGGAGAUACAGGCAUCUUCUGCGUGCUUUCCGAGAAAUUAAUGUGUAUAGCCUUCCGACUGAAUCUGUCCGUGACACCUCCAUAUAAUGCCGAUUUCGACGGCGAUGAAAUGAACAUGCACAUUCCACAGAGUGAAGAAACGCGUGCCGAAUUGUCUCAGAUAGCAUGGGUUCCCCGUCAGAUCAUCUCGCCACAAGCCAAUAAGCCUGUCAUGGGCAUUGUGCAGGAUACGCUUUGUGGAAUUCGCAAGUUCACGCUGCGAGAUACAUUCCUGGACUGGAACCAUGUUCAGAAUAUCUUGUUGUGGGUCCCCAGCUGGGACGGCAACGUGCCAAUACCCGCUAUUAUCAAGCCAAAACCCCUGUGGUCUGGAAAGCAGAUUCUUAGCAUGGUGAUCCCCCGCGGUAUCAACAUCCACCGAGCGCCAGAUCCAAAGUCCUCGAACCCCAUCUUCGAUGACGGCAUGUUAAUUGAGAAUGGCGAGAUCAUCUUUGGCGUUGUCGAGAAGAAGACUGUGGGCGCUUCGCAAGGUGGUCUGGUGCACGUCGUCUUCCGCGAGAAGGGUCCUGAAGCUACUCGUGACCUCUUUACGGGCAUCCAGAUGGUCGUAAACUUCUGGUUGUUCCACAACGGAUUCAGUAUCGGUAUCGGUGACACCAUUGCUGGUCCCAUGGUCAUGAAAUACAUCACGCAGCGCAUCAGCGAGACGAAGCAGUCGGUCGCGGAGAUCAUCGAGGAUGCAUAUCACGACCGGUUGAAGACACUGCCUGGUAUGACCAUCCGAGAGUCAUUCGAGAGCAAGGUAGAGCGCGAGCUCAACCGCGCUCGUGAUGACUCUGGUCAGUACGCGCAGAAGAACCUGAAGGAUGAUAACAACGUGAAACAGAUGGUCACGGCUGGUUCCAAAGGUUCAUACAUCAACAUCUCGCAAAUGUCUGUCUGUGUCGGGCAGCAGAGUGUUGAGGGUCGUCGUAUCCCGUUCGGUUUCCGUCACCGUACUCUUCCCCAUUUCGCCAAGGACGACUUCAGUCCGGAAGCGCGUGGCUUCGUCGAGAACUCAUAUUUGAGAGGGUUGACGCCGCAAGAAUUUUUCUUCCAUGCUAUGGCUGGAAGAGAAGGUCUCAUUGAUACCGCCGUCAAGACGGCAGAGACCGGGUAUAUCCAGCGUCGUCUUGUCAAGGCAUUGGAGGACGUCAUGGUUCACUAUGACGGCACGUUCGUGUACGGCGAAGACGGUAUGGACGGAGCGUUCAUCGAACGUCAGAAGAUCGAGACGUUUGGCCUCGACAAUGAAGCGUUUGAGCACAACUAUCGCGUUGAUGUCACGGACGGCAAGAAUGGCUUCCUGCCCAAUACCCUGCAGAUCGGCGUGGAUGACAGCUCUAUGGAGCUGCAGAUGAAGUUGGACGAAGAGUAUAACGAGCUUCUGAACGACCGACGUCUUCUACGGGAAUUCAUCUUCCCUCAGGCAGACGGCCUUACUCCUCAUUAUCUGCCUGUCAACCUUCACCGUAUCAUUCAGAACGCCAGCCAAAUCUUCCACAUCGACAAGCGGAAACCAAGCGAUCUGGAGCCAGCCUACAUUGUUGAAGCCGUGCAGCAGCUCAACAGCCGCUUGGCUGUCGUCGUUGGUGAUGAUCCGCUGACGAGGGAAGUCCAAGCCAACUCAUCCCUGACGUUCCGCAUGCAUAUCCGUGCCACCAUGGCCGCGCGCCGCGUACUCGAACAAUUCCAUCUUACCAGGGAGGCGUUUGAUUGGGUCCUUGGUGAAGUAGAAGCCAAGUUCAACCAGUCGUUGGUGAACCCAGGAGAGAUGUGCGGCACGCUUGCUGCUCAGUCGAUUGGUGAACCAGCUACGCAGAUGACGCUCAAUACGUUCCAUUAUGCCGGUGUCUCCAGUAAGAACGUGACACUGGGUGUCCCGCGUCUGAAGGAGAUUAUCAACGUCGCCACCAAAAUCAAAACGCCUUCUCUCUCUGUGUACCUCGAGCCUGACAUUGCCGAAGAGGGUCAGGGUCUGCUUGCUAAGAACGUUCAGCAAGAGCUCGCAUAUACUUCAUUGCGUACCGUGACUGCAGCCGUGGAGAUCUGGAAGGACUCCGUCUUCGUAGAGUCGUUCUUUGCCAUCCCCGACGAGGAGAUUGAGUCCAAGCUGCAUCUGCAGUCGCCGUGGCUCCUUCGUCUCGAGCUCGACCGUCCCAAGAUGAUUGAUCGCAAGCUCACAAUGGCUUACGUCGCCGGUCGCAUCGCAGAGAGCUUCAAGACUGAUCUCUUCGUCAUCUGGAGCGAAGAUAACUCGGAGAAGCUAAUCAUCCGUUGUCGUGUACUCGGCGGUGGUGACAAAGAUGAUGAUGGUCUGGGAACAGUCGAAGAAGACAUCUUCUUGCGCCAGCUUGAAAACACCAUGUUGAAUUCCGUUAGCUUGCGCGGUGUUCCUGGCAUCCAGAGAGUCUUUUUGCAGCAGCAUGACAAGGUGUAUGUCGACAAGACUGGCGCUAUCAAGGCAAAGAAGGAGUGGGUGUUGGAGACGGACGGUAUCAACCUGAAGACUGUCAUGUGUAUCGAUGACGUCGACUUCACUCGUACGUAUUCGAAUAGCUGCGUCGAGGUCUUCAAUGUGCUGGGCAUCGAAGCAGCCCGCGCUGCCAUUAUGAGGGAGUUACGGGGAGUCAUCGAAUUCGACGGUUCCUACGUCAACUAUCGCCAUCUCGCUCUCCUUUGCGACCUCAUGACUCACCGAGGCUCGCUGAUGGCAAUUACCCGUCACGGCAUCAAUCGCGCUGACACUGGGGCUCUCAUGCGCUGUUCAUUCGAGGAGACGGUAGAAAUUCUCAUGGAGGCAGCUGCGGUCGGCGAGAAGGAUGACUGUCAUGGCAUCGCCGAGAACGUCAUGUUCGGCCAGCUAGCACCCAUGGGUACUGGCGCCUUUGAUGUGGCUCUUGACAUUGACAUGCUGAAGGACGCUAUCGUUGAUCACCGCCUGCCAGUCCAAAACAUGCUAGCUGCACAGGCCGAUGGUGGCAUGACACCAGGACAAGUGGCAAUGACCCCAUACGACACCAACUCCCCUGCGUGGUCAGAAGGGAAUUUCAAAGGGGAAUCAGCCGCCUUUUCUCCUCUCGCUGUCAAUGGCGGCGAAGAUCCCGCAAACUUUUCCUUCCUUGGGUAUGGGCAGAGUCCUCUUGGCGCUGGAGGCAUGUCGCCUGCGGGACCUGGGUACAGCCCCAGCUCUCCCAAUGCAUACUCGCCGACAUCGCCAUAUGUUCCCCAAUCACCGUUCGGUGGAGCGACAUCACCUUUUGGAACAUCCCCAUAUGCUACUUCUCCAUUCUACGACCGUGGCAGAGGACCAACCUCGCCGACGUAUUCACCGACAUCUCCUGCACUCAAUCUCACGUCACCAGGGUAUUCGCCAACGAGCCCACGCUAUUCUCCCACUUCUCCGUCGUUCUCUCCCACCUCGCCACGCUACAGUCCACAAUCUCCGUCAUUCUCGCCCACGUCACCGCGGUACUCUCCCACCAGUCCCUCGUUCAGUCCUGCUUCUCCACGUUCACCUGCUCAAAUGUCACCAUCCUCACCCAAAUAUUCUCCCACUUCACCAGUAUCCCCCUCAUCUCCAAAAUACUCUCCCACAUCCCCCACCUACUCCCCAGCUUCCCCUGCUUCUCCCGCUUAUAGUCCGACAUCACCCCAGUGGUCGCCCUCGAGUCCAGCGCAGAACGGGCGUAGUCACUCGUACAGCACCUCGCCGUCUUGGGAGUAAGCACCACCGCUUCGUGUUUAUAAGCAGGUUGGGUUAUGUUUUGUUCGUCGUCUUCGUUGGCGUAAUUAUCUAGCACUUUUUUCCUGUCAAGCACUCCAUGUAGAUUAAGCACAAUUUUUACUAUACAACGCUAGAUAUGCCUUAUUUACGAUGCGUCCGUCA